AAUCUUGUUAUUCUUCUGAAUCUAUUACACUUGCACACAAUUCACAAUACGCAUGUCGAAGCACCACGUCUGGAUCUGUGGAGGAGGACGGUUCAGCUGAGGCCUGAGAGCGCAAAUGGCAAGCACGAAACCAAGCCCUCCUACGCUUCCGAAAUCGGGGGCCAUUUCUAGAGGCUACAACUUUGCCUCUACUUGGGAGCAGAAUGCUCCUCUGACGGAGCAUCAACAAGCGGCAAUUGUAGCGCUGUCUCAUGCGGUUGCGGAGCGGCCUUUUCCGCCCAAUCUGGCACAAGAUCAUGUCUCUCACCCGGAUAACGCCUUGUCCGUCUCCGUUUCGGCCGAGGACAGCUCUGUCCGAGUUUCUGCUCCUACAAUUCAACCAUUCUUGGUCAAUACAAACCAGUUUUACAAGUGGUUUAACGAUCUUGAAUCGGCAAUGAAGUCAGAGACGGAGGAGAAAUAUCAACAGUAUGUAAACUCUUUAACAGAGCGCAUACAGACAUGUGAUGGUUUACUUAGUCAGGUGGAUGACACCCUACACUGCUUUGAUGGACUACAGCUGGAGCACCAGACAGUAGCUAUAAAGACAAAAACUCUUCAUGAUGCGUGUGACCGGCUGGUAAUAGAGAAGCAAAGACUGAUUGAAUUUGCAGAAGCACUUCAUAGUAAGCUCAAGUACUUUGAUGAAUUGGAGAAUAUUGCUUCCAACUUUUAUUCUCCAAAUAUGAAUGUUGGAAAUGAGAACUUUCUCCCACUGCUCAAGCGGCUUGAUGAUUGCAUUUUGUAUGUUGAAAGCAAUCCACAGUAUGCAGAAUCCAGUGUUUACUUGCUCAAAUUCCGACAACUUCAGUCUCGAGCUCUGGGAAUGAUACGUUCUCAUGUACUUUCUGUUCUCAAAAGUGCUUUUUCUCAGGUCCAGGCAGCAAUCCGAUCUAGUGGCAACAACAAAGCAACUGUUUCUGAAGGUGUAGAGGCAUCUGUUAUAUAUGUUCGUUUCAAAGCAGCAGCAAGUGAGCUUAAGCCACUGCUAGAGGAAAUUGAAAGCAGAUCAUCUAGGAAAGAAUAUGUUCAACUUCUUGCAGAAUGCCAUAGAUUAUAUUGUGAACAACGGCUUUCCUUGGUUAGGGGCAUAGUGCAUCAACGGAUAUCUGAAUUUGCGAAGAAAGAGGCAUUGCCAUCAUUAACUAGAUCAGGAUGUGCAUAUCUAAUGCAGGUCUGUCAGCUUGAGCACCAACUGUUUGAUCAUUUUUUUCCAUCUUCUUCAGAGGAUGUUUCAAGUUUGGCUGCAUUGAUAGAUCCUCUGUCUACAUAUUUGUAUGAUACACUCCGCCCAAAACUUAUUCAUGAAACAAAUAUCGAUUUUCUGUGCGAACUUGUUGAUAUCCUCAAAGUUAAAGUUUUGGGAGAACAGCUAAAUAGGCGGAGUGAAUCGUUAGCUGGGCUACGCCCUACAUUACAAAGAAUUCUAGCGGAUGUUCAUGAGAGGUUGACUUUUCGUGCUAGAACACAUAUUAGUGAUGAGAUAGAGAACUAUAUUCCUUCCGAUGAAGACUUGGAUUACCCUGCGAAGCUGGAACAAUCUGUUGAGAAUAAUUCAGAAAUUUCUGCUGCUGAGGAAAACCCAGAUGUAUAUAAAACUUGGUAUCCGCCGCUGGAGAAAACUCUUUCCUGUCUUUCGAAGUUGUACCGCCGCUUAGAAGCAGCAGUUUUCACUGGUUUAGCACAGGAAGCAGUAGAAGUUUGCUCCAUAUCUAUCCAAAAAGCAAGCAAACUCAUUGUAAAGAGAUCAUCACCAAUGGAUGGCCAGCUCUUCCUUAUAAAGUAUCUCCUUAUUUUAAGGGAGCAGAUUGCACCUUUUGAUAUUGAAUUUUCAGUUACACAUAAGGAACUUGAUUUCUCCCACUUGCUGGAACAUUUAAGACGUAUACUUAGAGGUCAAGCCUCGCUAUUUGACUGGUCAAGAUCAACUUCUUUGGCAAGGACUUUAUCUCCCAGAGUUUUGGAAAGUCAAAUAGAUGCCAAGAAGGAACUUGAGAAAAGCCUAAAAGCAACAUGUGAGGAGUUCAUUAUGUCAGUCACUAAGCUAGUCGUGGAUCCUAUGCUUUCAUUUGUUACCAAGGUGACAGCUGUGAAAUUUGCACUAUCCUCGGGCAAUCAGAAUCAAAAGCUAGAGUCGGUUAUGGCCAAACCACUCAAGGAUCAAGCUUUUGCUUCUCCAGAUAAGGUGGCUGAACUUGUUCAGAAGGUAAGUGCUGCUAUACAGCAAGAGUUGCCACCAGUAAUGGCAAAGAUGAAGCUUUAUCUGCAGAACCCAUCAACACGAACAAUACUUUUCAAACCAAUAAAGACAAACAUUGUGGAAGCCCAUGUACAGGUACAAUCCAUGUUAAAAGCAGAGUACUCCCCUGAAGAGAUACAAAACAUCAUCAAUAUGGUGUCCAUACAGGAUCUUCAAGCACAACUUGAUAAUCUCCUGUAAGGUGCCCAUUGAAUUACUUAAAAUGCCUAAUCUUCCAUCAAUGAGAUGAUCUUGACGUUGCUGAUAGGUUUAUAGGAAAUUAAAAUGUUCAUUAUCUCCAUCAGUAGUUAACUUUUUCUUAUAGCCAUGUUGCUUGUGAUAAUACUCGCAUGACAAUCAUAAGUCGGUAAGAAGAUGGAAUCUGAUUAA